GUCGUGCUCCGGGACUGUUCCACCAGCCGGAGCGGGGCGGGGGGGAAGCGGCAGCGGGCGGCGUGCCGGGCAGAAAGAGCGGGCUGCGCUCCCCCCAGCCCCUGCUGCCGCGGCCUGCCGCAGCCCCGCAUCCUCCCCGCCCGUCCGCCGCGGUGGUGCGGGCCUGCCGCCGUUCCCUAGGUGAGCGCGUUCCCGCCCCUCCCGCCGCGGCCUCGUCAGCGCUGCCAGCGUGGAGCCGGCCGCGGCUGAGGCGGAAGUGCCCGGCGGGGCGGCGGCGCGCACCGGGGACCCCGCGGGCUAUGGACGCCUCUCUGGAGAAGAUGGUCGACCCUACUCUAGCAGAAAUGGGAAAGAAUCUGAACGAAGCAAUGAAGAUGCUAGAAGACAAUCAAAGAAAAGUGGAGGAAGAAAAUGAAAAGAAGUAUGCACGGAAGGAUAUUCCUGGACCACUCCAAGGCAGUGGCCAGGAUAUGGUGAGCAUACUUCAGUUAGUUCAGAACCUAAUGCAUGGAGAAGAGGAAGAGGAAACUUCACAGGCCUACCGACUUCAAAACGUUGGUGAACAGGGUCACAUGGCUCUACUGGGACAUAGUUUGGCUGCUUAUAUAUCAGUGCUGGACAGGGAAAGACUGAGAAAACUUACAACAAGGAUACUUUCUGAUACUACUCUUUGGCUCUGCCGGCUUUUCAGGUAUGAAAAUGGAUCAGCAUAUUACCAUGAAGAUGAUCGUGAAGGUCUCCUAAAAAUCUGUCGACUGGUUAUUCACACACGCUAUGAAGAUUAUACAAUAGAAGGAUUUAACGUGCUAUAUGCUAAGCAGCCUGUCAUAUACAUUAGUUCUGCAGCUAGAACAGGCUUGGGCCAAGCUCUCUGCAAUCAGCUAGGGUUACCCCUUUCUUGCAUGUGCCGUGUGCCUUGUAACACUAUGUUUGGAUCUCAACACCAAAUGGAUGUUGCUUUGUUGGACAGAGUGAUUAAAGAUGAUGUUGAGUCUGGAAAACUGCCUUUGUUGCUUGUGGCCAAUGCUGGGACACCAGGUGCCGGGCACACAGAUAAACUUGGCCGACUGAAGGAGCUUUGUGAGCAGUAUAAUAUGUGGCUCCAUGUAGAAGGUGUGAAUUUGGCAACUUUGGCUUUGGGUUAUGUCUCCUCUUCUGUACUGGCUGCUACAAAAUGUGACAGCAUGACUCUUACUCUGGGUUCCUGGCUGGGUCUCCCAGCUGUACCUGCAGUGACACUCUACAGACAUGAGGAUCCAUCUUUGUCCUUAGCAGCUGGGCUGACAUCGAGUCAGCCCGUGGAGAAGCUCCGUGCCCUGCCACUGUGGCUGUCCCUGCAGUACCUGGGCCAUGAUGGGAUCGUGGAGAGGAUAAAGCGUGCCUCACAACUAAGUCAAAGGUUGCUGGAAAACUUGAAAAACCUGGAUUUCAUUAAAACUUCGGUUGAAGAUGAACUGAGUUCACCAGUGGUGGUUUUCAAGUUCUUCCGGGAAUAUUCAGCUAGAGAUCAAACUUCACAUGCUGCACAGGCCUCAACUAUUCAGCACCCCAUAAUAAGCAACGAAAGACACAUUUACGACACUUUCAAUCAGUGGCUAGGAGAGCAGUUGGCACAGCUGGUUCCUGCCAGUGGAGUUGAUGUGGUAGAACUGGAAGAUGAAGGCACAUGUGUGCGUUUUAGCCCACUAAUGACAUCUGCAGUUUUAGGAACUGAAAUACAAGAUAUUGAUCAGUUAGUAGACUGCUUGAAAAUGAAGAUACCAGUGUUGACAAGUACACUGCAACUGAGAGAGGAGUUUGAGCAAGAAGUGAGAAGAACAGUAGGCCUGCUGUAUAUUGAAGAUCUUAGCUGGCCAGGAUUAGGUGUUGUAAGAUACAGCUAUCACAGUGAUGGGAAGAACGAUGACAAACAAGAAAAAGAACUAGAAAAAAUCAAUACAGAACUACUGAAAAAAUUAAAUGAACUGGAGUCGGAUCUCACUUUUUCUUUGGGUCCGGAGUUCGGAGGGCAGAAGAACUGUGUUUAUAUUGGCAUGGUAACUGAGGAUCUGGACGUGGCAGAGUUAGUUGAAACUAUUGCAGCAACGGGCAGAGAAAUUGAAGAAAAUUCAAGACUGUUGGAAAACAUGACUGAAGUUGUUAGGAAAGGGAUCCAGGAAGCACAGCUUCAGCUUCAGAAGGCAAAUGAAGAACGACUUCUGGAAGAGGGACUGCUGCGACAAAUACCUGUAGUAGGCUCUGUGCUGAACUGGUUCUCUCCAUUCCAAGCGUCGCCAAAAGGAAGAACAUUUAAUUUAACGGCAGGCUCUCUCGAAUCCACAGAAUCUACUUAUGUAUCAAAAGCCCAAGGAACUGGCACUACUCCACCACCAACUCCUACUUCCAGCCUUGCGAAGCAAAGGCUUCCUGGACAGAAAAUUUUUAAAAGGUCUCUAAGAAGUUCUGAUGCGUUCAGUGAGACCAGUUCAGUCAGCCACUGCGAUGACCUGGAGAAGGUGGAUCAGAGACCCCCAGCUCAACCCCCUGGCCAAGAGCAAGGAUCCUUGGAGAUGGAAAAACCAGAGGAGCAGAAGGUGGUGGCACAGGUAACCAAGACAGAUGCUGAGGAUGUUCCAACUGACACAUCGCCACAUGACUGCAUGAAGGCAGAGGAACAUGGAAGUCAAAGAUAAAGUCCAGACUGUGCGUUUCAGACUCUGCAGAGGACGCCCAUGCCCGGGUAGUAAUGAUACAUUUCAGAUGUGAAGAGUGCCACACACUACAGUACUAACUACUGUAACUUAUUAACUGGGAUUUUGCACAAAUAUAAAUUCCCCCUCCAUGGGACAGAGAUUUGUCUUAUUGUACACUUGUUAAUCCUCUACAUGUCGGUGUCACCAAAGUACUAAUGAAAUUUAUUAAGUGCUCAUAAACAUUUAUAAAAACAUUUGGCAGUUAUCCUUCCUCUAGGAAGCUAAGCAUGGACACACAAUUAAUACAGCUUCACCCAGUAAUAGUAAAAUGACCUUAUUUUAUGUUAAUACACUUCAAAGUAAUCUGCCAAUUGUUCACCUUUUGAACAUUUAAAUUCAGUUUAGCCUCUCCAGCAAAACAUCUCCUGAACGCACGCUAGCUCCAUUUUGCUCCUUUUUUUUAACCUUAUAAAUAACAUUGCCAAGCAGUCGCGGUGCGGCGAGUGUUAGGGUAUGUAUAUAGGAGUCACUGAGUAGUGUUUUGCCAUGAACUCGCCUUUCCUGCUGUUGUAUGACUUGACCCAUCCAGCUAAGGCCCCAGGGACACUGGUGACCGAGUUAAUGAGCGUUAAGGCUUUUAGAGAGGAACAGUGCCUCUGCAUGCUGCAACGGCUUCUUGCUUCUGCCGCCAGAAAGCAUCACCAAUGCACCAUCAUUUUCCUUUGCACGGCCUUUAUAAACCAAAUACGAUCGAACACAUCUAUGUAGUGUAACUGGAGUUCUUUGUUGUGUAUUUUUAAAGAUAGUUUUAGUAAAGCUUGAAAAACCAAUACAUUUGUAAUGGUUUCAACACUUAUUUUUUCAAUAAUGGUAACUUACCUAUGGUAGGAAUUGUACAGACUCAACAAAGUUAUAUAGGUUACUUACACUACAGCACAACUUCUUAGUGUCUAGGACUACUUAAUGCACAAGCAAAGCUUUGGGUAAAUCAAAAGCUGAGGUGUAAAACCUUUGUCCCCCCCUUUCCCCCUCCCAAAUGUUGCUGCAACCUUCCAGAGCCUCUUUGAGAAAGGAGAUCUUUGCCAAAGCUUGCUUUCCCAAGGGAGCUGCUGAGGAAAACGGUCCCAUCUCUACAGAACUGGAUGCAAGUAACUGUAGUUUGCUUUGCUUUGUGUUCUGAUGAGUGUUUUUCCUUCCCCCCACAAAAGGUAAACACACCAUCAUGGCUGUAGUGGUAGCAGGGCUGACUUUGAUGAUCUGAAGAAUUUGGGGUUUUUGAAUUGUUCUGUCACCUGAUUUGACUCUGAGCUUCUAGACGCUGGGGGCUGGGAUGCCGUGAAUCAAGUUAAUUUUGCUGUUGGGGUAACUUAUGUAAAUCAGAGUGCAAUUUUUCUAAAGUGCAAAAACAAUUAAGUUGACUAGUCUUCCUCCUUGGUUUCUUGGUGCAAUGAAGUAUGUUAAUAAGAGUAAUUUGUUGGCGAUAAAAUUAUCGCCACAAGGAUUAGUUUUUAAUGUUUUUAUAUUUGGAAGUGUUUAAACCAGUAGUUUUGUUGGAAUGAGCUUCAUUCUUUAGAUACUCUCUGAAUGUUUCAAUAAAGAUUCUUCAAAUUA